UCUGCGGCAGUCGACCGUCUGGGAGCAGUGAAGGUGGGGACUUACUCGAGUAACAGUCAAGAGCGAAGACGGAGCCAUGAAGACCUGGGUAUUUCUUGCCCUAUUUGGGGUUGCCUUAGUGGAAUCUAAAGUAUUUUUCGAAGAAAGAUUCGACAGCCCAGAUUGGGAGAAAAAUUGGGUUCAGUCUGCACACAAGGGAAAGGAGUUUGGACCCUUCAAGUUGACAGCUGGCAAAUUUUAUGGCGAUGCUGAAAAAGACAAGGGAAUCCAGACUGGACAGGAUGCCCGCUUUUAUGGUCUUUCUUCAAAGUUUGAGCCCUUCAGUAAUAAGGAUUCCCCACUUGUCAUUCAGUUUUCUGUAAAACAUGAACAGAACAUUGACUGUGGUGGAGGCUAUCUAAAGGUCUUUGAUUGCUCUUUAGACCAAAAAGACAUGCACGGAGAGUCUCCAUACCUCGUUAUGUUUGGUCCUGAUAUCUGUGGCCCAGGCACCAAGAAGGUUCAUGUAAUUUUCAAUUAUAAGGGUGAGAACCAUCUGAUCAAGAAGGAAAUCCGUUGCAAGGAUGAUGUAUUUUCUCAUCUGUACACCCUCAUUGUCAAUCCUGACAACACCUAUGAAGUUCUUAUUGACAAUGAAAAAGCUCAGUCUGGUGAACUCGAGGAGGACUGGGACUUCCUUCCACCCAAGAAAAUCAAGGACCCAGAAGCCAAGAAGCCCGACGAUUGGGAUGACCGCCCCACCAUUGCUGAUCCUGACGAUACUAAGCCUGAAGAUUGGGACCAACCUGAACACAUUCCUGAUCCUGAUGCCACCAAACCUGAGGACUGGGAUGACGAAAUGGAUGGCGAGUGGGAACCACCCAUGAUUGACAACCCUGACUACAAGGGUGAAUGGAAACCUAAGCAGAUUGACAACCCUGAUUACAAGGGUCCAUGGAUUCACCCUGAAAUUGACAACCCAGAAUACACACCUGACCCAGAGAUCUACAAGUAUGAUGAGGUCUGUUCUGUUGGUUUGGAUCUUUGGCAGGUAAAAUCUGGUACUAUCUUUGAUAACUUCCUCAUCUCGAACGAUCCUGAAGAAGCCCGCAAGAUUGGUGAAGAGACUUGGGGUGCUACCAAAGAUGCAGCUAAGAAGAUGAAGGAUGAACAGGAUGAAGAGGAGCGAAAGAGAGCAGAGGAAGAAGCAAAGGCAGCUGCUGAUGCUGAAAAGGAUGAGGAAGAUGAUGACGAUGAUGAUCUUGGUGAUGAAGACGAAGAUGAUCUUGAUAAUGAUCUUGAACAUGACGAGCUGUAAAGUUAUAUUAUUUUAAGGAAGUUAUUAUUUAAAUAGCCUGUUGUACUAUUUCAACAUCAAAGUACAAUUAACUGAACCUUUUGGUUGUGCAGUCUUGUAAAUACCAAGGGCUUCAGUUAAUUCUAGUCAUGGAAUCUUUUGUUGUGGGCAAAUUAAAAUCCAAGCAUUCCAGUUGCUGAAGCUGAUUGGAGGUUCCUUGACAAGAAAGCUACCUAUUAGGUGGUAUUCAUAGUACAUCACUCAUCAUUAAUCAUCCCAUCAUCAUGUAUGCAGCACAGUCCUGUAUGUUUGUACGAGACAAAAGUGUGUCAGUACUGACGUCAAUUUAAACAUGAUUCAGUAUCGCUGAUUGCACAAUGUGUGUCUGAGUGAGCGAUUUCCAAUAAACACAAUCGGAGAAA